AUGCUGUCGUCUUGCUUCUCUUACUUGUGCUCAGCCUCAGCUUCUCUCCUACUAGUGUCCCUCCCCGUGCAGCAGCAGACACGGAAGUACGGAACAACACGAGUACACGUGUGUGGCGAUCCGCUCGCUGAAGCCGAAAGCUGCUUGUUCCGGACACACGGUGUCUCCACCGUACCAAAUGGUGACCAGAACGCCACGUGGCUACGGCUUAGUCUCUCUCUCAUGGCCCCCUGCUCGCCGCCGUCGUCAUCGUCGCACCGCCGCAAGCAGAAGCCGCCGUCUUUGGGCGAGCUGCUACGGCAGGACGACCUCCGGGUCCAAAACAUCCAGAUGACGGUGCUGUCUGCUGGUGACGAUGAUGACAAUGCCGCCGACGAUGAGAAGGUCAAGAAGCGCCCGGCGAAAAGCACCACAACCGCUAUGGAACACGGGCCCGUAGUCGACGUCAACGUCGGCUCAGCGAAUAGCAUUUCCACGUCUAGGAUUGAUCCGAUGGCCACCGGCGGCGGCGGCAGGAGGAGGCGGAGCAUGCCGGGGACGGUGCAGACGAUGAUGGUGGACACCGCCAGCGACGUGCCGUGGGUGCAAUGCCACCCGCCGCCGACGGGCGGUAGCAGAUUCUUCGACCCAACCAGGUCGCCCACCUACGCCCCCUUCCCGUGCGGCUCGCCGGCGUGCGCGCGUCUCGGCCCCUACGGCAACGGCUGCAUAAACGGACAGUGCCAGUACCGCGUCACCUACCCCGACGGGUCGUCGACGCUGGGCACGUACAGCUCCGACCUGCUCACCAUCACCCGCACCACCGCCGUCCGCAGCUUACAGUUCGGCUGCAGCCAGGCCGAACAAGGCCUGAGCCAGGCCAGCAGCAGCUCAUCCGGGACCAUGUCGCUCGGCGGCGGCCCGGAGUCGCUGGUGUCCCAGACGGCGGCCACCCACGGCAAUGCCUUCUCGUACUGCGUCCCGCCUACGCCCAGCGACGCCGGGUUCUUCGUCCUCGGCAAGCCGCCGUCUUCCAGGACGAGGACGUUCGUGGCGACGCCGAUGCUGAGGUUCACCCAGGCGCCCACGCUGUACCGGGUCCUCCUCCGCGGCAUCACCGUCGCGGGGCCGCGGCUCAACGUGCCGGCGACAGUCUUCGCCGCCGGCUCCGUGAUGGACUCCCGCACGGCCAUCACGCGCCUGCCGCCGACGGCGUACCAGGCUUUGCGCGCCGCGUUCCGGAGCAGGAUGGGCCCAUACCGCCUGGCGCCGCCUAAAGGGAGCCUCGACACCUGCUACGACUUCACCGGCGUCAUGGUCGUCAGGGUGCCGAGGGUCGCGCUGGUGUUCGACCGGAACGCCGCCGUGGAGCUGGACGCCUCGGGGAUCCUGCUCGACGACUGCCUCGCCUUCGCGCCCAACGGCGACGACCGCGCUCCGGGGAUCAUCGGCAACGUGCAGCAGCAGACCAUCGAGGUGCUCUACGACGUCGGCGGCCGGUCCGUGGGCUUCCGCCUCGGCGCGUGCUGA